AGCGGCGUGUUUUGACGGAUGACGAGAUGAAGAAGCUGACAUCGACAUUAUAUUGAAAGCAGGAUGAUACUGAUUGACCUUUGGAAUCACGCGAGCAGAGGAAAACAUUUCCUUUGUUAGACCACUUGUGACUGUGGCUCCACUUCAACGUUCCAACGUUUCGUAAUUAAUUCAUGCCGUGAAGUCUUCAGUUGCCAUUGGAAAUGAUGAAUCAUUCAUUCUGGGCACUUGCCACUGUGCUCUUGGCAUCAAACGUGUCAGCAAUUUUUGUUAAGGGUAUUCCAGAGCUUCCUAAAGGGGGUAUUUUACCAAAUGGUGGUAAAAUUUGGGCACUUCUUGUUGCUGGAUCAAAUGGAUACUACAACUACCGUCAUCAGGCCGAUGUAUGCCAUGCAUAUCAGAUUCUCCACAAAAAUGGGAUUCCAGAUGAGAACAUUAUUGUUAUGAUGUAUGAUGAUGUUGCAUCAUCUUCUGAGAAUCCGACACCCAAUGUGAUUAUCAACCGUCCUGGUGGACCAAAUGUGUACAAGGGGGUUCCGAUAGAUUACUCUGGUGAUGAUGUCAAUUCUACAAACUUCCUGAAAGUCUUGACUGGUCAAAGCAAUGCUCUGGAAGGCAUUGGUACAGGAAGAGCUAUAGCCAGUGGCCCUAAGGAUCACAUAUUUAUUAACUUUGUGGACCAUGGAGCACCAGGAUUUCUUUGUUUUCCAAAUGAUGAAUUGCAUGCCAAACUUUUAGAGAAAACAUUGGAAGGAAUGGUGGCAGAGAACCGCUUUAGCAAGAUGGUGCUUUAUGUUGAAGCAUGUGAAUCUGGAUCCAUGUUCGAUGACAUUCUUCCCGAUACUACAGAUAUAUUUGUCAUGACUGCUGCGGAUCCUAGGGAAAGCUCCUACGCUUGCUAUUAUGACAAAUUGAGGGGCACAUACCUGGGAGAUGUUUUCAGUGUGAAGUGGAUGGAAGAUUCUGACAAAGAAAAUCUUGCCAAAGAAACUCUCCAUCAUCAAUUUGAACUCGUUCGUACUGAAACAAACUCCAGUCAUGUGGAAGAGUAUGGGGACCUUGAUGUCGGGGCCCUACCGGUGGCAUACUUUCAGGGGUAUCAAGGACGCUUUUCAUCCCUCAAUGGUGAAAAUGACCGUCUACCUCCCAUAAAUGAUGCUAUUUCCAGUAGAGAUGUUCCCUUGGCAAUUCUUAAACACCAGUAUGAAGCAGCUGUUGAUCGGAAAACUAAAAGAUACCUGCAAUUUAAAAUUCAUCGCAUGCAAAAAAUGCGUCGUUUCCUUGAUGUUGCUGUGGCUGACAUUGCAUCUCAAAUUGCACAUGGUAAUGAGGAAAAAACAGCCUACCUACUUGGGUCAGACCAAAAACUAACAUCAUCAAAAUUAGAAUGCUAUGAAACUUUGGUCAAAUAUUUUUCAUCGAAAUGCUUCAAGAUAUCUGAGAAUCCUCAUGCACUGUCAAAAAUGAAAGUGUUUAUAAAUAUUUGCUCUGCUCCUUGGGUUGCCAUUAACUCUGCUCUGAGAGCUAUGGAUGCCAUUUGUGUGCCAGAAAGGCAGUUGACAGGAAUCCAUUGAUCUGGCUGCGAUCAUUUUCUAGUCAAGCUUCACAAAAUCAAGCUACAGAGUGUUAGGAAUGAUGGGAAAUGAACACCAAAAUUUGUACCAUUUUACAUUUGUACAACAAUUUAAAUUUAUUGAAUAAAAUCAAUCAACGUGUAUUGCAGAAAUCUA